AUGAUCAAGAAUGUGGAGUCUAAAUCAUAUGAUGAAUGGUUGAGGGAGUUAGUUUUCUAUAAUUUGAUGUCUUCUUCAAAUCCACCUCAACUAGUGGCUUCAGGGCAUAACUAUGUAAUUGGCAAUGGUCCAGAAGAGUCCACUUAUCGUCAUCAAGCCACCAUUGAUGAUGAAGUUGUUUCCAUGGAAAUACUAGAUACAGCUGGGCAGGAGGAUGUUAUUCAGAAGGAAGGACACGUACGAUGGGGUGAAGGAUUUGUGCUGGUGUAUGACAUCACAGAUAGAGGCAGCUUUGAAGAAGUCCUUCCCCUAAAGAACUUGUUGGAUGAAGUCAAAAAACCCAAGAACGUUACUUUGAUCCUAGUGGGGAACAAAGCAGACUUGGACCACUCCAGGCAGGUCAGCACUGAAGAAGGGGAGAAGCUGGCCACGGAACUAGCUUGUGCCUUUUAUGAAUGCUCUGCAUGUACAGGAGAAGGCAACAUUAUGGAAGCUUUUUAUGAGCUUUGCCGGGAAGUGCGACGUCGCAAAAUGGUUCAAGGCAAGACUCGGAGGCGAAGUUCCACUACUCAUGUGAAACAAGCAAUUAACAAGAUGCUUACCAAAAUUAGCAGCUAAGAUAUCUUCUUUUUUUC